CUCAAUGUCCCAUCGCACGGCCAGGGAAGUUUGUGACGUCGAGGACCUGACCCAACCCGGUCACCUUUCCCUAUCCGAUAACCAAAGGAUUUCAAAUCUCUUCCGACCCGUCUUGAAGCUUGAAGCUUGAAGCCCGACUCGCAAGGUGCCUACAAACGAACCUGGAUGGAAUUGCCGCAACACGACGGUUCUGACACGGUGUUCUUUGAGCUGGGUCGAGUUUCUGAGUUUCUCAAGAUGGCUCCCUCAGGAAACACGGGCCGCCACAUGAACUCGUGAGGAGAAUGACUUUUAAUGGGAAGCUUACUCCCCUUCUUGCGGCCGCCUGACACUGGUUCCUAUCGUCAUGUUGUUUGAAACCAAGAUGCUUGGCCGUGCGCUGGCGUUUUACGCCCUUACCUAUGCUGUUGUUCGAUCGAGAACUGCGUCGGCAACCAUCACUGGACGACCAGCACAGUCUGUGUCUUUACUAUUCGAGAAUGACGCUGAUUGGGAGCGAUUUGGUGACCAUGCCAGCGCGUUAUUAUUCCAUGAACCAGCCACCAUCGAAGAUUCAAAGGCAAUAUGCAAGGAAAACAACGAGACGUUGUUCGAUAUUCAAAAUCUACCAGAGAUCGUGAACUAUCUCUCCUACUUCCACUUCACUGGCGACAUUUCUCAGAGCGAACGGUUUUGGGCAGCUUCCAAAGGGAACACAUGCAUUACAACACCUCUUGUGCAUUCCACCUGCAUCAAGACAUCGAGCUCGAACGCCAAACACCCAUUCCUCUGUACAAACUCUGCUCCUCACACUACUGCAGUGGACACCGAUUUUUCCUCCUCUCCAAAAACUGACGUCAUUGCAAACGGCGCAGUAUUUACUGGUACUCGUGACCAUUUGACUUUUCGAUUCAUGGGAAUCCCCUACGCUCAAGCUCCAACCGGCAGCCUUCGUUUCAGACACGCUCAAACAUGGAAAGGAAUGAGCGUCGAUGCUACAGCCCUCAAACCAGGGUGUCUUCAAUUUGGUUCCUUCGAGAAUAACGAUCUCGGUUUGAAUCCUUGGGGUAUAAGUGAAGACUGUUUAUAUUUAAACAUCUACACCCCUCACAUACCGCCGGAAUCACGCACUGAGAAAUCACCGAAAUUGAAACCUGUUCUCCUCUGGAUUCAUGGUGGGGCUAACACAGGGGGCCUUGGUUCUGAUCUGACCUUCGAUGGUGGCCCUCUGGUAUCCAGAACUGACACUGUAGUAGUCACCAUCAACUACCGACUCAACAUUUUCGGUUUCCUCUCGCUCAAUGAUGGGGUUAUUACCGGCAACUAUGCAUUAUCUGACAAAAUUGCUGCACUGCAGUGGGUGAAGGAUAACAUCGCCGCGUUCGGUGGUGAUCCGGGGCAAGUGACAAUUUUUGGGCAGUCAGCGGGCGGCUGGUCAAUAAUCGACCUAGUGAGAAGCCCCAAGGCAAAGGGACUCUUUCAUGGAGCCAUUUCUCAAUCAGGUGGAGCCAGUACUUUUUCCACAGCAGAACAAGCCGCCAGUACUGUAGCUCCAGUACUUGCUCAAUUCUGUGAUGGCACGGGCACUGAAAGAUUGGAAUGUCUCCAAGCACUUCCUGCGGAGACUCUACUUAACGUCACUCGGAGUACUUUACCAUCAUGGCCAUCGGUACAAGAUGGUGUCUAUAUCGUUGAUUCCACGGUCCAUCAGAUUGGUGAAGGUGCUGGUGCUGUGAACAGUGUUCCAUUUCUGGUGGGCUUUAUGCCAGAUGAAGGUCAAUCGCUGUUACAGAUGGCCAUUGCUCCCAAUGACACUGACUUCAACCUGACACUAACAAAAGGGGUGGGAGUAAGUCUUGCAAAGGAUGUUCUGGCAUCUGGUUUAUGGGAAAUUACUGAUACAUUCACCCCUUACAAUGCUACUGUCAAUGUUGCUGGCAACAGCUUCCUUACGUGCCCUGCAGAACAGAUGAUCACUGCUGCUGCAAGAUCUUCUGCCUUUCCAGCCUUAUAUGUCUAUGUUAUGAGACAUGGCUAUGCGCUCUCAUUCUUUGACCCAUACAAUCUGUGCACCUUCCCAGUUGGACACCCUCAACCAUCUUAUCUCUGUCAUUCUGCAGAUCUCUAUGAAGUCUUUGGGACUUACCACAUCUUUUCACAACCUGUCCGAGUUGUAAAGGACAUCCAUUACACUGCACUUGUUCAGGAUCUGUGGGGUGCUUUUGCCAAAUCUGGGAAUCCAAAUCCAGACAAGAAUUAUCUUAGGGCUCGGGGGUCAGCAUACAAGAGUACCCUGAUAGCCCUUGAAAGUGGUGAUGGAUGGGUAUGGCCACAGUUCACUGGUAAGGGAAACCAGGAGUUGGUAGCUUCACUUGAUUACCCUGGGUUGGCUAUUGAUGGUGAGAUGCCAGAUGAAAGGAAUGGGAGGUGUGCAUUUUUGUUGCAAGAGGAUACAUGAGCCAAUAAAUUAGCAGUGUUCUGGGUUGAUUCUAUAUAUCAUUUCAAUCAUGCAAGUAUUGUGUCUGCC